CCACACAGAUGAUUUCCAGUUCCACUGGCUAGCGUCUUUUUGGGGAUGUUUCCGAGAGGGAAGAUGCUGAUCUACACUUAAUUCAAAUGGUUCGGUUAGUGUAACCUGUUGCCUACUGAGUACAGCCAGUGUUGCUUUUAUGUCUGUCAUACUGUAAUAUUUUUAGUCCCUUCAAUCGUAGGGAAGAAACAGUGGAUUGUGAAGAACCUUGUUGCAACUCCUUUGUGCCCAAAGGUAAUACGGCACAAUCUAGCUCCUGUCACUGUUAAAGCUGAAGGAAAAUCUGUAGUACUUAGAAGAAAUCUCUGGGUCACGUAAAGUGUAAGUAGCCUGUUUAGAGGUUUUUAUCUUUUUAAGCAAUUUCAUACCCUUAAUCAAUUUCUACGUACUGUUGCUGUAGCUGAACAAAUUCUGAAAUCUACAGGCAACUGUCUUACAACAAAAUUCUAAUACUUGUCUGUAAUUAAAUUGGUAAAACUCCUUUUGUCUGUAUUCUGAGCAAAGUUUUAGAGGUUGACUGUGAACCAAGAGAGAGAUUCUGGACUGUUCUAAACAGUAAGGUGUAGAACACAACAUUCUACUUCAGGGAGGUGUUUGCAUGGAAAGGGAGACCAACAGGAAGGUCUAAUGACCUUUUAAGAAAAAAAAAAAAAAAGGCCAAAUAGUGCCUGAGGAAGGAUAAGCAUUCAUUGUAUCAGUAGGAAAAUACUGUUAGUGCUGUCUAGUGUGGAUCUCCAAACAGGGAAGAACAAGAUUAAGAGUUGUUCCUUCACGUUUGAAGUCCUAAAUGAAAAAUUAAGAUUUAUCUUAAUUAAGACAGCUCUAAUUUGGGGCAGGGGAAGGCAUGAAAAUCUAAAAUGUCAUAGUUUGGUAGGCACAAGAGUGCACGUUUUUUUCAGGGAGAGCAUCUGUGUGAGAACUUGUGCUGGGUUACUGUCAGGCUACUCUUGGAAUGUGAACAGACAACUUGAAAACUUUCUAGAACUAAAAAAAAUGUUUAGAUUUAUCAAUAGAACUUACUAGGGUGAUGUUCCUCUAAGCAAUUUAUUUUGGGGUUGGUUUUGUUCCUCAAUUGAGAGGUCUAAUUGUAAAACUUGGGAGAUUCUUUAAGUAGGUAUUAGGGUCCAUUUAAGUAUGUUUGCUCAGCAGCUUUGAGAGCAAAUACAGCUGAGGAAGCUGUAUUUUUUUUGAUCGUCUAAACACUAAAUACUUGCAGAAGGAAAUGAGGUGCUUUAUAUCCUGAAUUUCAGAUCUGAAAAAGCUGAUAAACACUGUGGUUAGACUUUUAAUGCACUGUUUCAUACGCUCCUCUAAACUAGGAAGGGAAAAUGGUUGUUAUUGGAAGGGUAUAAACUCAUAGAAAUCCAAAACUAGCUGAGGAGUAAAACUUGGGGUUUUUUUUCUUGAAUAAGGAAUGUUAAAUUUAUUUUGUCCUGUCCCUAGGGGGCCCUUCAUUGCCACGUUUUAACAGUUGGUUAUAAAGUCCUGGGUUUUCCCUGUUUUGAUUCACUGUUGGAUCAGGUUGAAGAGGGUUAUAUGUACUUGGAUUCCCUUAUUGACUUUUAGUAGACACUACAGAAUUUUGCUAGGUGUUUUUAAAUAACUACUUUUAAGGGGAUUGAGAGAGAAAUGGGUCACAAAAGCAAGCGAGAUCAGAUGUUUUAAUGAUUUUUCUCUUUCAGGUAAAUUCGUAUUUAAGGAAAACAGUUUUCAUGUUUUCAAGUGAGAUUUAAGAAGUUUGGUAUUGUUUAGUGAGAAGAAGCUUGAGCAGCUACUUAACUGACAACAGAUACAGGAGAAAUACAUGUUUGUGUGUAAGCACAGCAGGAAAAAAAUGAAUUGUAAGUUUCCUUAGCCAGAAACAGGACCAUAUUAAAAUCAUGAUAAAAUAGGAUAACACCCAGGAACACAGUUCAAGGGGGAAAAUUCAAAACUUGCUACAGGUUGAUGAGGGUUGUGGUUAUUUCAAAGUCUUCAAGUCAUUGUUGGAUCUCAUGCUAUAGUGCAGUGGUUACUAGGAAUAACGUUUUGGUAGAAAUUAUGCAGGAUGUUGGGCUGAAUGGUCAAGUUAUGGCCAUUUUUAGGCUUGAGGUAUGAAAGUCUUUAGUAAUUACAUAGUAGUGGCACUUGAGUGUCUGUUUCAUCAGAUAAGCAAGGCUGUCAAAAACUUUAUUCACUUUGACUGUAGUUGCGUUAAUGAAUUACAAGGGAAGAAAGUGGGGGUGAGGUGGAAAAGAUUUUCUGGUUGUUUUUUUUUUUACAGACAGUAAGACUGAGAAUCUACAAUUUAGUGGCUGCAGUGGAUUCAAUCACAUUGGUAGCUCAUACCAAUAAAGGUGGACAAAGAUGUGUGCCGUGUUUCCAGGUUGGUUAGUCAGGUAAUCCAAGGCAGCAAGAAUUGCUUCAAGAGCAACAUCUUUUGCCCGUGCGCCCUUUCAUAGUGGAGUAUGUGUGUUGGUGGCGCCCAACUGGGGCAGUGAGGCAAGUGUGGGUGUUGAGUGGGAGUGGUACUUUGUGUCCGUUGUGCCUAUUCUCUGACAACUAAGAGCUCCACAAAAAAAAGCCAGCUGAGAGUGUAGUAUUUGCAGCACACACAUUGGUUACAAAGCCAAGAGCUCCUUUUGUCCUCAGGUUCUCUGUGGUUCAGGGAAUUAGGUAAAGUUCACUGUAAAUGCUACCUAAGAUACAGUGGGAGAAGUGGGAAGGUAUAAAAUGUUCUUAAGCAAACUGGAAAUGGAAGACUAGAAGCAAUGAACUAGGGUCAUCUUCAGGCUUGCCCAGAAGGAAAAGUCUUUAACAAAUAAGGUUGAAGAAUAUACAAAAUUUUGAUACUGAAGUGUGUCAGGGAAGUGGUUGGACACAGGAGAUGGAAUGAAAACACAGAUUACUAUAUAGCCUGCUAACCUGUGUCUUUAGAGUCCGUCAGCUGGAAGAUUGAGGCAUUUGUACAACAGUAAUUUUUAAGGCACUAAUUUUAUGAAAGGAGCAGUAAAUGUAUUGCGUCUUUGCAGUCGAAAAAAGGGUGUUGCUGUUUGCCAAGGUGAGUUGGGGGCUGGGAAGGAAAUUGAGUGCAGGGGUAAGUAUUUCUGAAUCAUCCAGGGAAAUAAGGGAUGCAUCCUUAGAUUCGUGUUACUAAUGUUUUAUGUUCAAAAGCCAUAAAGGAUGUCUCUCAAAUCUUGAAAAGAGUAGUUUGGGUUCUUAUCAAUAAAUUAAGGCAUGCUCCAGAGUGUCUUUUUGCACUUGCCAAAAAGAAACUAGAUAAACUCUUAAAAUUGCUGUCUUUGAGGAGUCUCAUUUCUGGAGGCGUUAUGCUAAUAUAAGAUUUGUUAAUAUUUUGUUAAACACUCAUGCCACUCUAAGAAGAAUCUGUAUUUUGUAUGUGAGAAUUUCUUAUAACCAGGUUGAAGCAGCUGCUUGUGGCUUAAGGAGAAUAAGACAGUUGGAACAAAUGGUCUUGUUAAAAUUGGAGAGAAAUGAGCUUUUGAGCUGUGAGAAGGCAGGGAGCAUUAAGCACUUUCAGGAUACAAAGUUAAUUUAAUUCAACCUAGACUAUUUACGGUGAACCAAAGUAGUUGUCUGGGAAUAUGUGCUGAUCUCCAUUUUCAAAGGGGAAGGGUAUGUUGUGUGAAAACUGCAGGCUGUAGUUGUAUUCACUGUAUUAAAGGCAGUAAUGACAACUUCUGGGAUAUAGUAGCUGCGAGAGACCAGAAUGAAGAGCAAGGCUGAGAUUAUAGUUUCUCCUAGCAGUUUAUGGUGAGUUGAUAAUCACUUAGGAGACUGUCCUGGAGCAGGGUUUAAAACAUCUUUUGCAGAGCUUUUUCAGCAGGUGUCCUGCCACUACUCAGUUUGUGCCCUACAACUAAAGCCUCUGCAGAGCUGGCAGCUAACAUGCCUGUGAGUUUUGUGUGGUGGUUGUGGUCUCUAAGCUCUGUGUGUUCCCUCUUCUGUCUCUUCACAGCUCACUCUUCUGGAUAGCCUUGCUCUAUUAAGUUGGGGCUGGUAGCUGUACUUACUUUGCUUAGUUUUAACUUUCUUCCCACAGGCAACAUGGUGAAGGUAGAAUAACAGAUGUGUCCCUUUUCUCCUUGGUUUCUUACGUGAUUUCUGUUCCCUUGUCUUUCAAGGCCUUGAGUGUGAUGAUGGACAGUUUAUUUGGUAGCUGUAGACUCCUAAAGAGAGAGUGCGCUGAAACAAAGUGAGGCUUCAGUCCAAAAACAUUUACAUUGGAUGCAGUGUGAAGUACACUAUGCGUGAAGGAAAUGUUUUCUUCUUGUGGUAUUCAGUCCUCUAGUUCAAGCAAGAUGUGAUUUAGGAAAGUGUUCUUGACAACUAAUCUGCCAGAGCUCACACCUCUGUGACAGGGUGAUGAGAGGAGCUGCAUAACAACCUCGUUAUGGAAGCAGAUCAGUUCUCGUUCCAUGUCCCCUCUUCUUCCAGAGUGGGGAAAAACAUGCCUAAACAGGGAGGGUUAUCCGUCUUGCUAUUUACCAUGGCUCUAAAAGAUUUGUCCUUCUUUCGCUCUCAGUUGCUGCUUGAGGAAGCACUUUUUCUUUGGUUUUUUCCUUCUUUCAGAAUGAUGAUAGAAGAAUACAAGACACUAUUGGGUCUUUCAUACAAAAUAACUAGUCUGGUUGCCCAAUGCUUAGUUCCGGAAAACUUAGUAUGAGGAAAUGAAGUGAUACAAUGACACAUGUCUGGGCAGGCAUUUCACUCUUCUUUUUCCUGGAUAAGGUGUUUAAUUCAGCUGGCAAGCCUCCAAAGCAGAAAAUACCGUGCAGCUGUCAGCCUUUAGGGCUUCUGGAAAGAUUUUGUGAUUGAUCUGUGUAUUGAUAUCUAUCUUAAAAACAUAGAUAAACCCUGCCUGUACUGAUCCAAUAGGAGGUGGUUUCAGGGAUAUCAGAGGGAGUUUGUCAUUCUGACUGGGUAAAAAUGCUCUUAUUUUGUGGCCUGUUCCUGGUUCUGUACCUUGUGGAUACUCUGAUCAUUUAACACAACCAAAAUAAGUUGGUAAUACGAAGUCCAGAACUUCAACUAAGUCGUUUAGAGGCUAAGGCUGUCUGCAUUUCUAUAAUGCUACAAGUUUCAGCAUCUCUUCUUCCUGCCACCUCGUACAGAGAGACGUUUGUCCAGAGAGAAUGUUCCAUCAUUUGAUUUAGUGUCAGCUACUUGUGUCAGCUUGUACAAGCUAAAAUCCCGUGAUCCAGUUCACUGGGCACCAUUUCAAUGCAAUGAACACAGUCUGUCCCCCAAAGCAUUUAUGGUCGCCUCAGCUGUAUUUAUGUGACUAGGAAGGAGUGGAAGAAAAAACACAUACUUCAUCAACAAUGGUUUUACUUUUAGCUAGAAAUUUGGUGGGGUAGCAGAACUCAAGCUUUUAUUGAGAGCCCAAGCUUUGUCUGAAUCCGUCUCUGUAAAAGACAUAAGUGAUGGGAGAGUGAGCUUUUUGCAUUUCAGCUCAGCUUGUACUUCUCAUUCCCUUGGGGCUCAAAUAUAACUUGGAAACAUACCUGGAAUUUUGUUUCCUUACAUUAUCUUGGGCGGGGGGAGGAAUCUGAUGAGUUACUUUUGCUCUUACAAUUUCUUCAGAAAUCCUGAAGGGAUUUAUUGCUUUAAGAAAUGUAGUUGUUCUUGUUUGGUUUUGCAGUUUGGAGAUUUUUUUACUUUUUUGUGGUAUCAUUUUUCUUAGAAAAGAUGGUGAUAGAUGAUGGUGUAUUUGUACUGCUGAGGAGGAAUAAGUGAUCUUCAUCCCUGGAUGGACCAUCACUGCAGUCAGGAAUAAGAUGAAUACAUAAUAUAUCGAAGUAGGAAUACAUAAUAUUUUACAAGAUUACUCAUUCAAAAAAGAAAAAAAAAACAAAACCAACAACCCAUUGUCUUUCAGUUUAGCUCCUGUGUACAAGUUGGUAAAAAGAAAUAUCUUACAAUAGCGCUAAAGAUUUGUUCAGAAACGUAAUGACAAUGUCUGCAAGAGCAGACCAAAUGGCAUCAAAACCAAGUGAAGGAAUUAACAAAGAUAGCAUGUCUUUCUGAACCUAUUCCCAUUCAUCGUUGGCAAAGGAGAGGUUGUUAGAUCUAAAAGUCAUCACUCUGAGACAAGUUGGGCAUGUGUGAAUGAGACAUUUGUGUUUCUAGAGUGUGUUGGUUCUGCGUUAUACUUGUGUUCAGAGGCUGUUCUUGCUUGGUAAAAUGGGGGUGGGUGAAUGCUGGGUUAGUGGCUGAGCCUUGUGCCAGUGGGUUACUUGCCUUUGUAGCAGCUGGCCUCCCAGUGCCAGAUUACAGGUCCAGGCAGCCAUCCUCACUGAGGGUUGCCACAGACUGAUGUACUGUUUCUUGUGUUGCAAGAACCCAUCUCCUCUAUUAUGAUGACUAAAAGUCAUAAAUAAAAAUCCAAUUCUUACUUAAAUACUAUGUGUAAGGGUUAUUUAAAUGCAUUUUUCUUUUGUCAAAAUAAGUCCAUUUCAAAAUUUGAAGUGAACUUAUGGCAACCAUUUUUAAAUUCUAAGAUUGCUGUAAACUGAACAUCAUUUAUCAAAGUAAAAAUAAGCUGCCUUACCAAAUUCUUAUCAAAUAUUGAAGAGUUAAAAAAAUUGUCCUGCUCUUUAACGUCAGCAGAAAUAGGGAGAAAUCAUCUUUGUCUUCUGGAGUGCAAUUCAAGUUUAUAAAGGCACGGUAAGUGUUAUUGUUUUAUAGGUGUGCUAUAAUAUAUUGGUUUCAUGAAGGCCAGUGCAUAUUACCUCGCACCUUCCAGCAGCGGUACAGGUGGGGCAAGUUGGAUGAAAAUUGUAAAGCUGAUUACACUAAAUAUUUUCAUAAGGUAAGAACUAAAUUUAAUCUUGUAUUCUGCUGUGCGAACUGAAAAUACAUGCAUGAGUCAGGUCUGGCCUUCUUGCUUAUACCAGCUGACUGUAAAGUAUACUUUCUUAGGAAAAUAACCGAUUUAUAUGCUUGUUAACAAAGUUGAAGUAAAUGAUGCAGCUGCUUAUUUAGAUCAUGAUUUAAAGUAGAAUUACUUGAAACAUAAUGGAAGUCCUUAGAAACAUCAGCUGUAGUCAAUAUUUAGGAUCAGAUUUUAAUUAAUUGCAGGAUAAGCAUAUGCUUUGUCUUUAAUGUUCUUUGACACGCAUAAAAAGGAAUUCCUGUAAAAGGUGGGGAAUUUUUAGCCAUGGUCUGUUUACAUAUCAUUGAGUCAUGCCUGGACCUGCAAAAAAUCCCACAGUUUCACAGUCAUAAUCGGGUGUGCCAGUUGUCCUUUUUGUAUACGCAUAAGUACAAACACAGAAGCGCUGGCUGUAGUGCUGAAAAGAAGGAAAUGGAAAAUUAGUAGGCAUAAGAAAGGAGCUGAACGUACUUCCAAGAACAGCAGUUACAGGACUAGGUAGAGCAGGAUUGAUGGCCAGCUGGGUGUGUGCCCUUUGGGAAAGAAGGCAACAUAGUCAAGGGCGUAAGGCAGAGGAAGAGCUCUGACAAAGACUGAGUCAAGAACCCCCCCGCUACCGCUAUUCUGUGACUUAUGAAGGAGCAGCAGGGAUAAAUAUUGGAAGAAAGAAAAAUCAGCCCUUGUAAAGGCAGGCAUUUGUCCUAUGGGUAAUGGAUAACCAACACCUGUAUAGGAUCUUAGCAAUGGAGGGAGGAAGGAAGGGUAGAGCUGUUAACAUCAAAGAAUAAGUCGCCUUACCACAGCAGCAAGGAAUUCAUGAGUGCCAGGGAAAUGAGGAGACUGUCAGCUGUAUUGGCAGGAGUUACGUGAGCAGAGCCUAGCAAAAGUCACAAAUUUAAAACUUACCUAAUUCUCUAGUAGGUGAAUCUAGUGUAUUAAAAUGAUGAAUAUUGAAAGCAGAAUAAGCAUGUACUGAGCUCUGAAUGUGAAAAGAAGUGUUUGUACCUUCUUUGGGUAUGCAAAAAGUAGUAGUGCCUUGUAGGCAAGGGCCAUAUUUCGUAAAAAUUGAUAUGGCAGUUAUGGUUAUAUCAACCAACUUUGAACCUUUCCUUAAGGAAAUAAUGUGUACAAAUAUGAAAUAAGAUCAAGAGUGGAUACUAAAGUCUCCUUUUUAAAUCAUAAUUUAAAAUUCAUUAUUUGAGGCACUUUAAAUCAAUGUCUUCCGUAGUGCACACAUACUACAGUUCCAUUGUAGUCCUAGUCUAUGAAAUGCUAACUUAAUUACAGGCUCAAGUUUUGCCAUAGCUGUAGUGUUCCUUAGUAUAUUUGUCAUACUAAAAGUCCCCUUGAAAAGCAGGGGAUUUUAACGAACACUUGAGUAAAUAGCAACAAAAGCCCAUGUUAACUUGAGCCACUUUUGUCCUUCUGGCCAUAAUUAGGCAUGUCAGUCAGAAAUAUGUGGAUAUAUUUGUUAGUGUAUACAGAACACAAAGCUUGCUUAUACAGGAAAGGAAUGGAAAACUACAGUCAUGAGGAGGGUUGGGGAAGUAGUCUUGGAAUAUAUGGGUUUCAGGAAGGCAGUUGAUGAUGGGAGUUGGCAUGGCUACAGCAAGGUGAAUGUCAUGAUGAAUAGGCGAGGUAGCAAGGGUGUGCUGUGAAAUCGAAACAGGGCUGUCACUGCAGCCAGGGAGGGUUUGGGCUUCCUGGCAGUGGGCGAGAGCUCCUUCAGCUCAGUGGGGAGACUGGUGAUGGUAAGACAAACCCGUCUCUCAGUGGAGGGCUCCAGCUUCUUACAAGAUUUUGAAAGCUAACUUGUUUCAGCUUGGCAUAUGCAUCAGCAGGUUUCUAGCCACAACGUAUUAUGUGAAAUUAUCCUGAAUGGGCAAUUUAGCCCAUGUGACGAGUUGGAAAUUUUAUGCUUGAACUUUCUCUCCCAUGAGGAAUGAUGGUUGAGUCUAAGCAUGUGUAUGAUUUAAGACUGGUUCAAAAAAAAGAACACUUAGGUUUUCCUGCACUUGUAUUUUAUUGAAAAGUCAAAAUAUUUCUGCCAAAAAGCAGACUCAUUCCUUGGGAAAAAAAAAAAAAAAGCUUAAGUUGGGGGGGGGAAUUAAUUAAACAGUUGCAAUAAAAAAGAUUGUUCCCCUAUUACCAGGUUAUAAUAAAGGAAAAAGGACAGUGGGGCAGAACUGGAUGACAGAGAAAAAGGCAUGGGAGUGACAGAAGGGAAAAAAGUAGUGUGAAAAGAGAACAGACUAAGGGAAAAAACUGGAGGUGACUACAAACAGCAGGUGAGGAGAUAUUUAAAAAGCUAACCUAAAUAAGCGUAAUUACUGGCACAGAUAUGCUAAGUAGGGGACACAGGCAGCCAGCAAUGGCAAAGGUUAUGUGUAGAUUAUGUGCAAUAAAGAUUAAAAAUCAACAAGACUAAGGAUAGUUUCUCUUACAGAAGGUGAUGUGUAUUCAGCAGAAUGGAUGAGAGUAUCUAGGCUGCAGAUGCUGUACACAUUGGAGAAGAGAAAAUACAGAAACUGACUGUUCUGCCACUCUCUGGAGUAGCGAUCACUGAUCCUCUCUGGUCUGAGGGCCAAAAAUACAUUGCAGGUAACAUCUUCUAUUGGCUCAACCAAAGCUUUGGAGAUAGUGGCGGCCUCCCUUGGCAGCAAGCAGACUUGGAGGUUUGUGAGCAAUACUGCAGACUUAUCUGGCGAAAUCCUCCGUGCUCUUUUUGGCACAACAGCUUUUAAGCAAGUAGUUGGUUUGGCUUCUCCAAAUUCAGAAUGGGAAAUACAAGAGCAGGCUGAAAGGCAGAAGUGUAAACCGUGUAAAACUAUUCCUCUGGGCAGACAGCAGAGCUUCCCACCACCUGCUCCAUUUCCCCUCUGAGGGGUAUUUGGGCAUGCAGUGAUAAGUAUACAGGUUUGCCUCAUUUCCCAUCACAGUAGCUGCAAGGCUUGGAUUGCUGUAACAGAGGAGACCAAGUAGCAGCCUGCCUCUUCCAAGCAGAAAACAGCUGGGGCUUCCAAGUAGUACGUGCUGCUUUCUUGCUUGGGGUCGAUGGUAAAGUUACAAUGCAGUUAUCCAUAUUUAGAAAAAUAAGUCUUUGUAAACACUCUUGUCAAUAUUUUGUUGUAAAUAUUUUAGAAGAAAAAUGUUUCUUUUUUGAGGUAGGUGUUGGCAGCAGCUGUAACGCAUUUAACAUUCCAACACUUUUUCAGUUUAAUUAAAUGAACAUAGCUGGAAAUGACAGUAGCCAUCAUGUGAUGAGGUUCUCUUACACAACUCAUUUCCCAUCUCACCUGCUUACCUUUCUCUUCUGUAUUCAUUUUUUAUUUCUUAUUGUGCACAUAGGAAGAGAAGGCAAUGGUUCCAUUCAAUGCUAAAAAGAGAUGAAAAAUUCUUUGAGUAUAAAGUCUUAGUAGGUUUGAGUUAAUAUGUGCCUUUUAUGAGAUUUUUUUAGUUUUGGUUGAACUUUAUGUUUGAGGAAGAAAGCCAGUUGGGUGAGGCAGCUGCCAUUUUAGGAGACAGAUGAGAUACACACAGUGAUGUGAUUUUUUUUUUUCCUUUUUUAUUUUUCUGUUAUGAACAAAGAUAUCUUAAUAUCAACAGAGUCAUUCUUGGUGAGGGGAGAGAAGGGGAGAGGGGAAGAUAUUAGUUUUUUGUUAACAGAGAAGCAUGAGAAGACCUUGAGUGUAAGUUUCAGAAGUAACCACCUUAAAAUCGGUGAAAUUAAAAUUGUUUGAGUUUUUUUGGCAUGAAAGCUUUAACCAUUUAUCCCUGGAGACACUAUGUCUUUCGAUUAUAAACCAGGGGGUCUUUUUCUGGGUUAUCAUUAAAACAUUCUAUUCAUGUGGUUGCUACCUAUAUAUGGUUGUUAUGCUAAGUCACAAAAUUGACUUGACUGCAAAACAAGACCUUUCCUUGGUUUUUUGGUUUGGGUUUUUUUUUUCCCCUCCAGGAAAACAAAAGCAACACAGCUUUUGGAAGAAAUCUUUCAGUCAUGCUCAAUGUACAAUUUUUGUUUGUAAAAAAGCCAAAUUAAUUCAACUAGAAGCAUAUGUAGUGAUAUAUCUUAAAACAUGUUAUUUCCUUUCCUGCUUUCAGACUCCACACAUGCAUCCCUUGUUGCCCCAUCUUUCCCAGAUAUUUCAGUAGGACCUGGGAUUCUAAAAAAAACAUAUGGAGAAUUUGGUUUGGGGUCAACUUGGUAGAAAAAGCCUCACUGACCAAAAUUUAAGACAUUGUAAUUUUCUAGGUUUUCACAGGCUUAAAUAUGUAGGACAAUUAAAGACUUCAAGAUUUAAGUGAUAUUUGAUUCAAGAUUUAAAAGUGCAGUGGGUUGAAUUCUGUGGAAUUAGGCUUAUAUUGUUUUUUACUUUCUUAAUUAUCGUAGCCAUACUGAGAAUCUCUGUUAACUGCUUAUAUCUAGACUCCCUUGCGAUGAUAAUUAUUGUCCUGUAUUGUGGAAUGUCAUCAUGUAUACGUCAGCUUGCCUAGAACUUUUCUGAGAAAGUGUAAUAGAGAUAAAAUACUGUAGUCAUUAAGUAAGAUAAGUACUUGCUUCAGUGCUACUACUAUUCAGACAGCCUGAUUGAAAGUUGCGGAAAAAUUACUCUCCUACCUGUCCUUUCACGUUCCUUAUUGAGAUUUCAGAUCUUCGGCAAACCUUAGCAAGUAGGCUGACUAGCCUGCUAAAUUUCCUAGUUCAGUUUAGGUUAUUUGUUUGUUUUUUUCCUUGAAAACAAAUCAUGUCUACUUAUUCUACGCUAUCUGUGCAGGUAUUUGGUAGAUGCAGUAAGAUUGUCACUGCUCAAAGUCUCUCGCUGGAUAUUUUGAAAGAAAAGACGUAACAAAACCAGCAGAAAACUGUCUUGCUUCUGUUGUCUUCAGUCACCAUUAAGGAGAUAAUUGCAAGGGCUAUAUGCUGUGCUUAGACCUUCAGUACAGCUUGCCUGCCUGUACCUUUCCUCCUUAUGUUUUGGAGUGGCUUUGCUGGCAGUGAAUUACUAUCUAGCCUGCUUUUCUUCUAUUUAAUAACAUUUGGCUUAAUAUGUGUAAGAAUGAAAAUAGUUUGUAAAGUCAUAUGUCCGAUCUAAAAUCUCAUUUUCUUCCCCAUGCCCCCUCUCAUCCUUAGCUUUGUUGUCAGGUACUACAGGAGUUAAGGGGUAACUACCACAUCUUUACAAGAGUAUUACUUAGCCAAGAGAACUGAGAAUUUCCAUCUUGAGAUCUUGUAGUUUAACACACUGUAGAGGAAAGUCGCUUGCCAUAUUGUUAAAAUCAAGUGAGUGUUUUCCUGAGCAAGACUGGACAGGAAUACAGUCAAAGGUUUUACUGAAUUGUGGUGGGAUGGAGUGCACCAUGUAACUGACAUAAAUGCAAGUUUGAAAUUCUUUGGUACUAAAUCAACCUUGGUCUGCUAAAAUGGAAAGUUGCUGAUGAAAUGGAAGAUUAUUUCAGGAAGGCCAGGCUGAAGAGAUUCUGCUGUUACCAGCUUAGAUUUCAUUCUGUGCUCAAAGCUGUACGAGCCACACUUUCUUCUCCGUUUUGAGUUCAUCCAAAGCAAUGUAACAUUUCUGUUGGUACACUGAAGCUGUAAAUUUGAUUCCGUUAAUAAAGUGAACUUCGGAGAUGUUUCUAUGUCAGAAAGUCUUCCUAUAAUGCUUCUAGUUUAUAUGUUUUAUGUAACUAGUUGUCUUUAUAAAACACUUAACUGAUAAAAUCUACUUUGGUAAUAGUAAUUACUGUUCCCUUUUUAGAGGGGAGAAUAGAACUUUUCUACAAAUUAAAGGAUUGAUUCUGUGUUAACCAGCAAAAAUGUUGAUUUUAAAAGUACAAGAUGAGGGCUCACAUCCAUGUUUCAAGUGUGACAAUUAGAUGCUGCCAAACCUAAACCUUUGCUUUAUUUAAGAGACUCAGCUCUGCAGCUGAUCCCUGCUUGAAGGAUCUUUUCUUUUUCUUUUUUGCAUGCUCUCUGAACCUUGAUACUGUGUUGAAUUUGAUGGACUUCUUAAUCUUGAUAGUUAACUGGAAUAUCUGUAACAGACUUAAUUAUCCAGAUAUAAUAGAUUGAGAAGUUAAUAAUAAACUCAGAAAUCUGCUGUUUAACCAGCUGUCAUGUUAAUUAUGUUAACAAUACAUUGGCAAUUGUGUGGUUGGUUUGUUUUUUUUUUUUUUUAAAAACACUCUGGGUUGAGUUUGGCUUUUUGGUUCCAGUUCACUGUCCACACCACUGAAAUGAAGCUGUGCUCUCUGCCUUUCCAAGCAGCCAAAGGAGCACACAAGGUCACCUAAGGAGGCUGCUGUGAACCACAGGACAAACACUCUGCAUUGGAGCAUCCAUAUAUACUCUUAUACUCAAAGCCAGGUUGGAAGGUUAAAAGAGUCUGCUGCCCAAAACUACCUAAAAUCAACAAAAAAGCGCAUAAAGGUACGAAUUUCAAAAAGGCUCCGAUGGAAAUAAGGAAGUACUGCAAGCCUUGUCCUCAGCUUCUGGUGGUUCCUGGACCCCUUCCACAGUUAAAAUGAGCAGACUGAGAGCAGAGUGAAAAGUAUCUGCCUGCCAGUGCAUCUCACAGUGCUUUGCUUGGUUGAGGGGCCUCCUUUCGCAGAUAGGGCAUGAGUGUAUAUUACUUUUGUUUGUUUGUUUGGGAAGGGCUUCAGUCAGUACUGUUCAUUCAGUCAGUACUGUUCAUUCAUUCACUCAGGCUUCUUCAUCUUGUUAAUAUUAGCCUGGCAGCUAAAGAGUCAGGCAAAGCUGUCUGGCUGCCAUGGGACUUUGUGUCACUUGCAUGUUCCUCUACACCAAGUAGGGAUUUAACCCCUCAAAUUAGAGGAGGAGAGCUGGCUGAAUCACUUUGGUUUGCAUUUUUGGAUUGCCUGAAAGGUGGGAAAGGGCUGAUGUUGUUUCUAGUUAUCAGUAUAUAUGCAUAUUUAACCUUUUCUAUGAAUGAUUUGUUUUAUAUUGGCAAAAGGAUUUUGUUUGUAGCUAGGCACAUGAUGAUUUUUCCUGCAGCCUUUGCUCUCAGUGCUUGAAAUCCACUUGGAAGUAGAUUUCUAGCAAGCAAGAAAGAGCUCAUAAUUUAGAAAGCACUGAGAAACUAGAUAAGCAGGUUGUUAAAAUAGUAGUAAAGGACCAGAUUCAAGUACAGUUGUAAGCUUUUCGGUAUCUCCUCUGGGGGUUUAAAUCUGGCUUUAAAAGCAAAGAGGCUUGUUCUUUAACUUUGUAGAAGAAUGUCAUCAGGUAGCUAUUAAACAGCAUACUGAAAAGGUGUUAAAGCUAAUCAGAUUAAAGCUCUUCUUCCUGAAGCCAGAAGGCAGCUGUUCUUUUAAGACACCUGAGUUGUGUGAUCACCUCAAUAAACAAAACUUACUGGAGUGUGAAAUAAAUGCUAAGAAUAAUACCAAAGGGCUGAAUAACAGAGAAGCUGAAGCACCCUCUACUGAUACCAUUAGCAGUGAUUGGGGUCUUCACUCAUGUAUCUUUUGUCCUUUCCUAACUGUCCUCUACAUAUGUUGCUACUUCUCUGCCUGGGGGUGAGCCCUUAAAAAAGAAUUACUUGGUUGUUCAUAAAUUCGGUUUUCCUUCUAGUGAAUAUGAGGAGGAGUAGAAAGCUUUUCUGCUGUUGAGCGAAUUGCAGAUUGCAAGUAAUUUUUCCCUCAGUACCCAUAGUACUUCUGUUUCUCUUAACAUAAUUUUCAGUACAAUAGAAAUGGUCUUGUUGCCCUUCAGAAUUUGGGGGGGUUGAAUGGGGACAGUCAGAGGCCUGUGGUAAACCACACAGGCAAAUGCAGUUGCCAAGGGUCAAGUUCAUGGGCGCUUACAUGUGGCCAUUCUCUCCUUGGCAAUGUUUCUGUUGUGUUGGGCAAUUGAACCUAUUUCUGAGUCUUCUGUGUGCUUGUUAUUAUUUUCUUAUUGAUUUUGAGGUUAGAUAGAUCUGACUUCUCAGCUUCCUAUUUUUGAAGAGCUGGCCAUGCAUAACAUUUUUAUAUCAAGGAUAAAGGAGCUGCCAGUCCUCCUCGCAAGAUCUGAGUCGGGAGGUUGUUGAAGGAGCUGUUUGAUUGUUCUGCUGCUGAUCACUGGGCCAACAUAUUUUAUUCCUAUUUUGUCUUUUUUAGCUUGCAGAAGGAAUCUGUAGAAUACAAAUGACAAGUAAAUGUAAAAAGCAUUUUUGGUAUUAAAUGUGUUUGCAGCAGGGUUUUACUUUGUAAAAUAUGGCCAUGUGUGUUUACAGCUCUGUAAAAGCAUUGCUAACAGGUAUGAAGAUUCUGUUCUCUAAAGUGAGCAUAAGCCCACUUCUUUUAUAUCUGAAAAACACUGUAUGAUUUUUCUGUUUGCCCCACACCCUCCAACCAGCGUGCUCCACACUCUCCAAUCCUCCUUCGGGCAAAAUGUUCUCUCUGAUAGCAAAAAUAUAAGCCCCGAAGACCAUUAGCACAAUUACAGAAAUACUUUGGGUCUCUGAAGGGAUCCCAGGAGAUCAUUUAAUGCACUUCAGUGUUUUUACUCACUAAGUUUCCCAGACUGGCCUCAACCUAAGGUUCAGGGCUAUUCAAGUUAAAGAUGGUACUUGUGUGAGGUCCUAGUCGUGGCUGAACAAACUAAAGCAAGAAUCCUCAAAUUAUUUCAGUUUGGAUUGUGACCACUGCCCAAACGUGCUUUUUUUGCUUCAUCUAGAGGUAUCAGGAUGAUGUGUGUCAGCCCUCGAAAGUGAUUCUUCAACACAGUUUGACUCUUAGGUACCAGGCCACUUUCCUCAUGUGGUAGAACAGAGCUACUGUCUGAUCAUGGCUUCACUUAAAGGAAUCUGUUCUUUUGUUUUCCUUUCACUUCUAUGUGUAUUUGUUUGGCAUUACCUGAGGAGAAACGUAUUUGCUCAGUGGCUUUUCAAAGUACACAAGCUGCAUGCUUAUAUAAAGUAGUAAAUUUAGCUUGUCCAAGCUGACAAAUGCAUUUUUUUGUAUCUUGUUUUUACGUGCAUUUGGCUGUCAAGCAAGAAAACUGCACAGCCUUUGAGUUCCAAUAAAGAUGUUUCUGAAGUAUCUCUAUGCCUGCCAGAACAGAUGUUGGAUCCUGGUCUGACCUAGUCAACUACGUGAGCCAGGCCAGGUGGCCCCUCACUUUCUUUAGAGCUUAAUAAAACCAGCUAAUACCAAAUCAAUCAUAUUUGGCUCUAUGACUGAAUUGUCAGGAGCACGGGAGAAAUGAUCCCUGCUGACAGGGAGUGUUGGCACAGAUGCAGGUUUUGGGAUCUCUUCUUUCAAAGUGGGUAGUAGAAGAAAUAAAAUUAUGUAUUCUUUAUGCAAAAUAUGAUCCCAAAAGGUGUAAUGGGGGCUCUUGCUGUUGACUUUUUAGCCCUCUAGACUGUGUGGCCCACAACUGAUUCAAGGGCCUGGGUAUAGUUGAAUAAUUCAGGAUUUUAGCUCUGGAGAAGUUCUGUUUAUCCGAAGCAUGGACUACAAUGGCAACUUCUUGUGAUGGCAUUUGCCAAGGAAAUCUAAAAUCCUGCGUGGACAAUGUCAUUUCAAAUAAUAAACUCAGGUGAAACAAAAGCGGAGGGAUAAAUACUUCCUGUUGUAUAUGUAGGAUAUAGAAGAUUACUCUUGCCAAAACUGAGUGGAAGACUUAUGGUGACUUCAGUAUUCAUUGGAUCAGGUCUGGACAUCUGUUGCCUGAUUCUAUUUUGUCCGACAUUGUUGCUAACUACUCCUUCAUGAAUAGCUUUAGGAAAGUGUUGUCAGAUGGUGAAUGCGGAUCAGAUGCAUAUUCACCUUUUACUGAAGUUUAUUCUGAAAAGAACUUGUCCAAAGCUUAGCACUGACUUUCUCCUCUUGUAGGUUGAAGGUGAGGGGAAAGUCCCCUUACACAUUAGUCUUUUUUUGCCUCGUAUCAACCUUAUUAGAUGUAAGCAGUUGUCUCUACUGCUAAUUUCUCAGCAGGACUCAUCAAGUAUUUUUUUAAUUGGUGAUGGGGGAGCAAAGCGAGCUUCCUACUCCUAAAUGAAAUGACAUGAGCAAGGAUGUUGAUUCUAACCCAUGUAUGUCUCUGGUUCCCAGUAGCCCUUCGCUGUUAUAAGACUUAACGGCAGCCAUUGGAUGACCUACAUUGGUUUUGAAUGCACAACUGUCUUACCAUGCUUUGCCUUUUGAUCUUAGAGCAGGGCUAUCAGCACUGACGGAAUUCCCCAAAAUUACUACUGUUUUCAGUGUCUCGAUGGUGGGGGUCUCUGCUAGAAGAGUUCAGUGUCUGGAUAUGGAUUUGUCUGAGUUGUCAUUCAACCUUUCUGCCGACAUUUAUUUGUGUGUUUCAGAUGUGCUGACCAUGAAUAUCUUCAGGUGUGGGGGAUUUAAUUCCACAUUUUCAGGUUGAUGCUCCACAAGGGAGUGGCUAAGGCCAGAGAUUUGCUGUAGGAUAAGCACCUUACAUUCACAAUGCCAUCUGGUCAGCCUCUGAAAGCAUUAUCAGAGAAAUCAGGUCACUAUGUGCCUACGAGAGAUCCUAAACCGAACGUGAUCCUAACCUGGACAGUCUGUCUUCUGCAGCCUGACACAAUCAAAAAAAAAUCUCUGUAGUAGCAAGAAGCUGUCAUAUCAAGCCCAAUUUCUGUCGGAGACUCAAACUGUAUCCAGGAUGUUAGUUCAAGAGCUGAUUAAUUCCAGCUGGCAGUAUGGCACAGAUGAUCAGAGGUAAUGAUUUAAACCUUAUAUAGGAGGCAUUCGAGCCCAAGUAUUCAAAAGUUCAAUGCACACAAAAAUGCUUGUUCAAUAUAGAUGGCUGUGAUUUACUGCCCGCUAGGCACUUGUGCAAUCUCUUAACUAUAUUAAUGUGCACAUGUGUUUGUGAUAAGUGUAGUGCAGUCAAAGCAACUAAUAUAUCCUGGCUAAUAGGAACUCUAAGUCCAAAAGCUGAACAGCAGCAAGGUUUCCCUCACCUGCCAGGCAAGAUGGCCCUUAGAACUUAGGUCAGUGAAGAAGAGUGGUUUUCUUCUGGGUUCUGUGAUGUUGUUUGAUCAUCAACACUGAUCCCAACCUUGGGGAAAAAAGGCGUAUACCUGAGGCAACAUUCAGUUAGUCUGUAGCCAAUACAGCUUGCCUCGUCUCUGAAAAUCAAAUCUCUGUAGCAUGUUCUUAAAAUCAACUCCCAGAACUGAAGUGCACUGGAAAAGGAUAUCUUUGCUAGGUAGGUUAUCAAGACAAACGUUCCUGUUUGUGGUGUUGCAGAGCCCUGUGUCACUGUCAGUGCCAGCUGCGUGGAGUGUUCACUGAACAAUGCUAAAAUCUGUUUGCAUCCCCAAAUUUUCCCCAAGAGAUCAGUAUGCCUGGGAAGAAAGAUGUUUUCAUACAAAAAAAAAGCAUGAACAAGUCCAUCUGUUUACAAAUGCUAUCAAAGAAACAAUGAGAUGGUUGAAAACAAGAUUCUGAAUAAGAUGAUAUAAUGCAGCAGUGUCUGCAAGUCCCUCUUUAAAGCUCUUUGCAACUCACUGGUUUUCCAGUUGUUAAUUUUUCAUUACUUGGGAAGCAAUAAAUGAUGGCAGUUGUCACUGGGCCCUUAUCUUGAAGUUCUGUGAAUGUACGAAGGUUAAACAAUUUAGCAUUGUCCUUUGACUUAGUUAAAUAUAUACUAAUACUGUUGCUUUUUUCUGCAAAACUCUUCAGGUGAGUGGUGGAUGAGAGAUUUAGAAAGAGCAAAAAUUGAGCUGAAGGUUAUGUCUAGCAAAGCACUAUGUGCAUGGUUGACCUUAACCUCACGAGCUCCACUUUUGAUGAUCUUUGAAGGAACUCCCCUAGAUUUCUGUCAAUUUAAGUCAAGACUCAACAAUUUUGAAUAUAGCUCCUUAAGUUUGAGAAGUAAAGUCAACCUACUUUUUGUAAUUUUAUUAUAAAAUGUGCUUUGCACCUUUUCCUGUCUAUUGAACAAAACUUUCUCUCUACUUCCUUCUCCAGCUUUCUAUGUUUUCUUCUGUUCCUCAGCAUGAUUUUACACUUUUUGAUGCCAAGUUUUCCUUGUUGGCUCUUCUCACUAACUAGAAAAGUCAUCUUUUGUCUCUUGGCGUGAUGGUCCCACACACAAUCUUUGACUUUGUGGGAUCUUAUCUCAGAGUAAUUCUUCUGCUGUCUGAAUUUCCUCAAGUUUUAAUCAUUGCACUGAACUGUUUUAAUUUGAUUCCAUGAGUUUCUGUCCAUGACACUGACUGGAGUGCACAUUGUCAAAAAGAUGUUGUAUAAAAUGGUGCUGCAUUGCAUUUGUUGUUUGCAGACAUUAUUUUUGUACCAAGGACAGUUUCAGUUACAGGAUUUGAGCACCCUAUAAUCAUCUUAAAGUCACAGUAUGAGUAGGGAUUUUUCUGUUAUUUAAUUUGUAUUUCAGCCUUCACUGCGAUAACUUUGGAUCAUGUAAUCUCAGUUACCAGAUGUGGAAGUCUAUUCCCAGAUAUUUUAUUCAUUCCUCAAGUUAGCAUCUGUUGUUGAGAUUCUUGCUAUGGUUCUAUUUAUUUUAUUGGCAGAUUGUUGUAAAAAAAAAAAUAAGCACAGUACUUUGAGAUAAAGUCCUUGAAGGUGUGGGAGGAGACAGUAAGAGCACAGUGCUCAUAGGUAGACCUAGUAGGCAUGAGGAGCAAACUUCUGGGCUCUAGCCAGGUUCAACUACUUGUUUUGAGACCCAACAUACGUACAGGACUAUUGACUGUAGAAAUCUCUCCAGGCAAAGGCUAGAUAGUUGCUGGAAAGUGUAUGUGGGAAUAGAGUGAUAGUCCCACACAUUUCUGAGGUAAGGUAAAUUACCUCAAAGCUGAAUAUUUAGGCCUCUUGUUAUAGAUGGAAAAUUUUGUUGAAAUACACCUUGCUUUCUAGGUUAAGGACAAGCACUGCUUUGGUGUAAGGCUGCCUGGAUACUCAGAUUUCCUCUUGAUACAGUAAUCAAAGGCAAAGGCUGAGGCGUGCCAUGGGCAGUUGGAUCUCCCAGAUCCUUACAAGUUACCUGCAGCCCCUCUUUUGCAAACACUAAAACACUCUUUGGUGGACUACAACCAGGAGGAGCUGCCUCUGAUAUGAAGCACUGGGAGAGUUACUUCUUUUUCCCAGGAAUUCCCCAAACCUCUGCUGCCACCCACAGUGAAUAACAAUAACUCAUGAUAAAUCAUGCAGGCAAGUGCUCUGAGAUUUUUGUUUUGCAGCCUAGCAUUUUUUCUGAAGUGAUGAAAGCACCGUCUCUUUACCUAUCUGGAAAAAAAACCCAACCCACCACAGUUUGUUGGGAAGCACUUUGACAUCUGUUUGAAAGUUACUGUGGAAAUGCUAAAAUUGCUAGAUGUUUGGUGUCUGCUCUCCCUCUGUUUUCCUCCUGUUGUCAUUUCUUAAUUCCUUUGGAGAUAGACAUCACGGCUCAUGACAGCGUUGUAUAAAACUGUGGCAUGGCAUUAAAUGUAUUGUGGUAUGUGAAAUAGCAGGGCUGACUGACCGCACAGAAUGGUGUUACUCGGUUUUUAAGACCACUUUGUCCUAAGGAGCCCCGAGUACUUCCUGUUCCUAGACCAUUAUCUUGGCAUGUUUGCUCUGCUACCGAGGUAACUUUUAUUGGUUCCUGAUGUGGUACAGUGAGUCAUUUCUCACCGUUUGUGCCUAGCAGAAAUGCUAUCAGAUGUCUGGUAAACUGGGGCCCACAGAGAAUGAAAAUUGGUUUGAUUUAGAUAUAUGUGUGGAGUUUGGCAUGCAAAAUACUACCCAGAUUCUGGUCUGACUCAACUAUAUCAGGCCAUUUAAGGAGUUAGGGACAGGAAAAUCUGACAUUAUUUUUGCCUUAUGAAAUACUGACCGUACAUACCUCCAUAACUUGGUCUCGGUCUGUGCAUGCUUAAACAAUAAAGUCAGUAUUUCCUCCUUCAAGGUCGGUCUUGUAACCUCACAACAACACUUCACUAGCAGUUACUGGAACAAGACUUGAUUUCCUUCUAGCUUUUCAUGGCAGUGGGAGUGAACACAGGUAAAUGUUUUUACUGCAGGUAGACUUCCACUUUUGGUUCAUUUUUUAAAAAGCUCUCACCCUCAGAUUUGGUCAUGAUUGUAAAGUGUAUUUUCAGAGGUAUGAAAUUGUGUGUGGAUACAAUUGUGUACCUGCUCUCUUAGAAAGCCUUGCUGUCCAUUUGGAAAAUAUGAGAAGUUUCUUGCUAUAUUUAUUGCUUUGUAUGUCAAGUAUAUAUGGGAUACAAGAAAAUAAAAGAAAUUUAAAACCUGGCAUGAGGAUGUUACAUGUAUCUAGAGAUGUGAGUACAUAUCUUAUGUUCAGCAAUGGGGGCUACUCCAAAACAGUCGGGGACAGAAGAAUUAUGAUUAUUCUGGGACUUUUUUUUUUCUGUUAAUUUAUCCAGGAAUCCUUCAUCAGUGUCUGACAGUAUGAAGCUUUCUGGGCUUAUGAAGAGCUGGGUAUGGUGCUGAUGAGAGCGCCACGGGUGCCUGGGCUGGGGACAAGCGUGCCUGUGGAAGGGAAUCUGGUGUGCUAUCUGCAGCUCCUCAUGUCCCGCUGCCCUCACUGCCAGCAGUUUCUGCAUAAUCGUGUUUGACCUGAUGCAUCCAGGCUGUGACAGUACUUCGUCAGAGGGGCAACGGGAGAGGUGCUUGCGAAGAGGAAAAAAGGUGCAUCUCAGAGGAUGAGGGAGACUAGCUUUGCACUGGAUCAGAUAUGAGAUUGGGCUGUGAGGUGGGAGGGUAUGUGCAAUGAAACCUGUGCAGUACCAACUGGAGAUGGCAGUGCUGGGAGGUUUAUGAUCUUGAUUUCUUUGGCUUUCCUGCUUAUUCCCAACAAAGUUGCCACCUUCUCUCUUUUCUCCUCUGCUUCCAUUCCAACAAAGAGCGUACCCACUCCUCACAAAUGGCUGGAGCAGGAGGUUCUGCCAGUACAAAUCAGUACAGCAGGACGGAAAACAGAGUUUUUCUCCCUGGGAAGGGCUGGAGGGAAUCCAUGUUUGCAUUCCCCCUGAAAUUUUAAGUUUCUCUGUGGAAUAAUAUCAAGCACAAUAUUUAUGUAAAAAGUGACAAGAUUUAAAAUUGGAAUAUGGUUUUACUGCAACAUGAACGUUUUCCAAAGAAGGAAGAUGAAAAUGUUUAAGGUCAAAAACUGAUUUCCAUAUUAGAAAAACUGCUGAUGAAUGGAAAUUUUUUAGUGAUCCUAAUUAUUAAGAUACUUUGUGAAAGCCCAAGACAAAAGUUGCUAAUUUUAACGUGUAAGUCUUAAUUUAUAAGCUUUUCAAUUUAUUUAUAGGCACAAGGGAGCAAAAGUAGAUCACAUAUGAUGUAAAAGUGUAUGAAAUUCCUAAAAAAGACAAAUAAGCCAAACCAAAAAAAUUGCCUUCCAGCACUGAGAAGGAACCAAGUAUCAGAAAACCUAGCUUUUGCCAAGAUUUUCUGCAUUAAGGAGGAAAAUAAUGUGCUACGUGAUGCCUGAAGAAACUGAAGUUUGUGUGCAAGCUUUAAUUAGUUGUUUGCCCAAACUUUGUCCCAUAAUUUCAAAAGCAGCCAGCCCUGUUGGGUGCUUCUGUUCUUGUUAUCCAUUUUAGGACACUCCAAGUAGGUUCAAGUUGACAUAAUGCUUGUGGUCAGAUGCUUGUAGUCACUUCUCUAAAUCUUGGGUUUCCUUUCCAUGAAUGAGGAAUGUUUUUCUUCUUCUGUUUUGUGGAGAGUAUCUUCCUGAAUCAGUUGAGUUACCAGUUUUCUUCAUGGUAUGUGUUUCAUCACGCUACCUAUAAGGAAGAAAUUUUUUAUGAUGAGGGUGGUAAAACACUGGAACAGGUUGUCCAGAGAGGUGGCAAGAUGCCCCAUCCCUGGAAACAUUCAAGGUCAGGUUGGGCAGGGCUCUGAGCAGCCUGAUCUGGUUGAAGAUGUCCCUGCUUAUUGCAGGGUGGUUGGACUAGAUGACCUUGAAAGGUCCCUUCCAACUCAAACUAUUCUAUGAUUCUAUCCUGGGUUUUACCAUUCUCCUCCAUAUUGCUGAGGUUUAGCAUAGCUGCUCAGUGGAGCCGCAAUAUAAAAAAGGGUGUGUAGAUAGCUGCGUUUGCUCAUGUUCUUUAAACUUCUCAAACCAAACAGUACAGUAUUGCUUUCAGCUUUCUAUUAUUGAGCUGAGAGAGGUUUAUAAAUUUGACCAAGAUCAUUAAUCAUCACUAUCUUUUGAUUACUUUAAUUUGAAUUUAAUGAUCUUGGGCUGAUUAUUUAUAGACUGACUGUGCUAGAGAUGAAAACUGAACUUAGACCCCUGUGAGUCAGAACUGUAACAAUGAGAUCAUUUUCCUUUCAGAUGUAAAAGUGUUAAACUCAUUCAAUUGAUAACAGGAGAAUAACGUAGUGAGAGAGACAAGUGUUUAUUGGCUUGCAUUUGAAUCUUGCAGGACUAUAAAAAAUUCCAAGUCAUUUUAACAAAUUUGCAUAUCCCAAGUGAUGAGAGUAUGCUGUGGAGAGAUGCAUAAACUCUUAUAUAGGAAGUGGCAUAUUUGUUCUGGCAACAGGGAGGAUCAGAGUUUGGUGAUCAUGGCCAAGUGCUCAAGCACAUGUCUCUGAUGAAUCCACCAAAAACACAGGACUGUUUCUCUUUUGCUGUUCAGUACUUUUGCUGUGCAAUCGUAUUGUGAGUGUGCUUCCCUCUUAUAGUUGGUAAUUCAAAACACAGAGAUAGUGAUGGACGGUGGAGACAUCUGAGGGACUUCAGAUUCUUCUCUGCUGCCAUCAGACUAGCUUAGAUUCCUGUGCUUCCCACAGUUUCUCUCAGCAGCCAGACAGAAGCAAUGGUGCUGUGCUAGGAAAGCACAAAGGAUAGCUCCUGUAAAAUUCUUCACCAAAAACACUCAUCUGAAAUUGCCAUCAACAGUUGUUCCUGGAUUUUCACCAUGAUUUGUACUCUGUAGUAAUGGGAGUUGGUGGAGAGUGGUGAUGUGCCCCAGUAUAAAUCAUCUUUCAGUCCUUUGUGGGGAGAUUUUGAGGAGAGGGAAUGAUGUGGUUUGGGCAGGCAAGAGUGUUGUGUUUUGGUUUGGUUUGUUUGUGGUGGGAACUGCACAUUUAACUUUGUCUCAACUCUCUGCUUAUACUGACUCAGCUCUGCUGAAAACAAAGAGCACUAUGACCCACCCCCACCACCACCCCCGGGUCCCAGCCAGAGCAAACAUACAAGCAACAAGUGUGUUUGUUAUGUUUACUUUAUCUUAGCAAGUCCUGCUGCUGUUAAUAUGUUUGGAGAACAGCUUGGACAAUUCUUGCUUGCAUCAUGCUGUGGGACUUCUAGUGAACUGACCCUUCGGAGUGCAAGGAACAGCCCCAGCUGUGGUUACAGGGUUGUUAGGGUGUAUGUCACAGGCCCUCCUGCUCCUCUUCCUUUGCUUUCAAAGCUAAAUGAGAAAUUCCCUAUCACAUUCAAAGAUGUGAGAAUAGGGAUAGUUUUGAGAAGGAUCUUGAAAAUGGCUGAGGCCCCACUUCUCUCCUUCAUGGCUACUGCAUUGAUAGCAAUUCUGAGUGAAUCCUACUGUGCAGAAUGCUUCCACAGCCCCUCUUAUCCUCUGAUUUAGAGAGGGAAGGCCAGAGUGUAAUUUGGACUCUUUCCGUACGUGCUGAGGUUUAUAUAAAGUUUGCAGUGCUUUUUACAUUGAAUUUAUUUACACACACAAAUGCACACACAAAGAAUGCUGAAUAUUCCUCUCCAAGGUAACAGUGUCAUAUGCACCCAGAAUUGGAAGAUGAGCAUAGGAAAAAGAGUAGCUUGAGCUGUUGUUACAUGAAUGUGAACUUCAUUACUUAUCAAUACUGUCCAAGGUCUAGAACAGAGGGGUUUUUAACUCAGAUGGAAGCAGGCAUAAAAUCUGAAGACUGUUCAUAGUUAAUAUAAAGCAAAGCAGGACUGUGGAAGAUCAUGUCUAUUAUUUCUUUAGUUUUGGUUUUCUCCCUAUUUUUAAAUUGUGAAUGCAUGUAAGCACGCGAAAACUGAUUGAAAUGCAACUCAUGAAAACCUCACAUUUAUAUGCCAAGCAGGCAUUCCCCAGGUAGGCAGCUCUAAUGUGAUUGCCCUGAGGUGGAAGGGCCACCCACAAUGUGGAAAGAGUAAUUUAUCUCUAUGCCAGCUCUGUCUUUGCCCUCUCUGCUUGGGCUGCCAGCACGGGUGGCAGUGAGUGCCAGCUGGGCUGCUGGUGCCCGAGCAGGGGCAUUUGCUCAUCGCUGGCUGUAAACAGGCCUCCUCCCACCCCCCUGCAGAGGAAACCCUGGGCUGGUAUUGAUAUUGCUGCGUAGUGUGAGGGGCUGUGGUCUCGUGGCAUUUUAUGUGCAGUUUUAGUGUUGCCAUCUGUUGCCAGUUCUAGUCUGACCUACGUUUUAGGUUGGGCUUUGGGAUUGGGCUCAAGAACAGCUGUCUUGGUGGGGCCUGUGAUUCCCAUAUUCAGGGAUGAGGAAACAGAAAAAAGGGCAGCUCUCAGUACUGGUGGAAGCCCAUCUCUUGUUAGCCAUAUUUGGUUAAGGAAGGCUACUAGUUUUAGACUUAAUUUAGGGUUUAGGGCUAAGAAAAGUAAACAUGUUGGGGCCCAGCUUUUUCGAAGGUUCUCGAAGGCUUGGAGAGAUAAGAGGUCAGGACCUGGCAGGGGCUUGUGUGUGAUCAGUUUUGUGUCUGGCCACUGUGCCCUGGAAGGUUCUGGUUUUGGUUUGGGAUAUGGGUUAAUGCUGGGGAAAGAGAAGCCUCCAUGGCUCAGGGCAUCCCAGGGGGCUUCCAAUGCACAAAACAGCAGUUACAACCAUGCUGCACCGGUACUGGUAUAUCCAAGCUGCAGUCAGAAGGGGCGAAGUCUGCAAAAAUUCUCAUUGCAUUAUUGUAGAGUCCUUCAACAUUUUAACUUUUAUUUUGUAAAAAUUCAGGUUGUUAAUAUUGCUAAUCAGUGACCCAAACCCAGAGCUUUUGUUCUGAAAAUAAUGAAUCUUCCUAGAUUUGUUUUCAUACUGAAUAGUAAACAAACAGAACAACCUGCGAAAUUAAUUGGUUCGGAUCAGAUGGGUAUAUUUCAUUCUUUUGUGUUUCUUGCUACUUGAUAGGCUAAAAAUAUAUGAAAUAGUUUCUUCUACAUAGAGAGAGAGAUCCUUCCAUUCCUAAAACUGUUGGGACAGAUAUAUUGCUCUCCUGAAACCCCUCCUGCCCCCUUUCUUCCCAAGGAGAAAAUUCAUCAAAAUCAGCCUGGCUCCACAAGCUGUAUUGGCUUUGAUCAAGGCAUAUUUUCUGAGAGAAUACUCUGUCAGAGUAUUGCUGUGUUAGGUAUGUAUCUGAGUGUGCAUAGACUUGUAUUAGCUAGGCUUUCAAACUGUAAGGGGAUUAAGAGCUCAAACUCUGAAAUUCAGGAGUGAGACAUUUUGCUUCCUUGGAGAUGCAGGCCCUAGAGAUUUAGAUCCCCAGGGGAAUGCAACCAGGGGAACAGACAGCUAUUAACUUUGACAAAAGCUCUCCAUCACUUUUUCUAGGAAAAUACUCUGCAGAAAAAAAGUGUGUUGUUAGUUCCAGAUUGAGGAGGCAGGUGAGAGGACAUUUAGGUGCUAUUUAUGUUUCCUUUUGGGCACUAUAUAGAUGCAUUUCUGUGAUUUUAUCAGUAGUUUAAUAUUACUUUUGAUAGUGGUGGCAUGGUUAAAUCUGUAACAGGGAUUACUUUUAUAUCUGUCUUCUAUAUGUGUAUCUACUCCCACUCAGUUUUCAGCUUUGGAUCCCCAUAUUGUGAAUUUAAAUGCACUAAACGUAUAUUUGUUUUCCUUAGUUGCCUGCUGCAGGUUCCUCUGAGCUUUACAGGCCCCUGCUGAAGUCAUGCAUUGGUUUGACAUGGAGCCUUUGCAAACACUGCUCUACAAGAAUAGUCAUACAGAGUCACACCAAAGGUCUGAUCUUGUAGGAGAUUGUUGGAAAAAGAUCAAGAUGACAAAGAGCCUUCCCCUGGUUUAGCUUUCGAGCUUCCAGCAGGUGGUAAUUUAGUGCCUUACUGAGCCAGGGUUUGCAUCUGUAUCAUCACAUUUGCGAGUCACCGACGAACUUAGUCUUCAUUAAUAUUUCUAAUCCAUUUUGGAGCCUUUUUAGGCUUUUGCUCUCUGUACCAUUCCUUGGCAAGUUCCACUAUGGAUGGCAGAGUUGACCUCCCAGCAGCACCGUAGGUCCAGGGGAAUCUGAAGGUGCAGCAACGCCCCGUCCGCAGCACGAGAGCAUCACAGCACUCUAUCUGCAGCAAAGACUUCUCUCCCACAGCCUCCUCCAUCAUUUGUUUACCCUGCAGUUUCAGCUACUGCACAAAUACAGUACUAACAGCUGAACCUAUGAGAGUUACACUGAUUCCUCCAAAUCUUGUCUCAGAAAUGAGUCCCACAGCUCCCUGCAAAGUAAUUGGUCUAAUUAGGUGGUAGGAAGGAGCUUCUUUAAAUUCCUCAGAAAUUAAGACGUGUCAUCCGCUUAACAUCUUAGCAUCUGUUACUGCCUCUUGCACAUUUCUCCACUACAUCAGCCUGAAGGACACUUUCCUGGACCUUUCAAAAGCAAAAAAAGAAAAAAAAAUAAAAAGAAACCACCAAAAAAACUCAAGCCUUUGAAACAGAAGAAAUUGGCCCUUUCCUCAGUGGGAUGAAGCACGUAAGGCAUUUCACCCCCUCCUUAUUUCUCAGUUUGAUGCACAUUUGCCUGGUUCAGGCAAAUUAUGCCCCCUAUUUCUUUGAUAACGGAGCCAGAAGCACAAACGGGAACAUGGCACUUCUCAGCCUUUCGGAGGACACACCUGUUGGUACCCAUGUGUACACUCUGAAUGGAACUGAUCCCGAAGGAGAUCCCGUGACGUAUGGCCUGGCCUACGAAGCUGGAUCAAGACGCUACUUUUCUGUUGACAAGAACCUUGGAAAUGUUACGCUGAUCGAGGAGCUUGACAGAGAGAAGGAAGAUGAGAUUGAAGUUAUUGUUAGUAUUUCGGAUGGCCUGAGUACAGUUUCUGAAAAAGUCAGGAUCCUUGUAAUGGAUGCUAACGAUGAGAGCCCUGAGUUCAUCAAUACACCUUACAUAGUCCAAGUCCCAGAGAACGCUCCCUCUGGCAGCAGUAUCUUUAAAAUUGAGGCAGUGGACAAAGACACAGGUUCUGGAGGAAGUAUCACCUACUUCUUGCAGAACAUCCAUGCUAAUAAGUUUACAAUAGACCGUCACAGUGGUGUCCUGCGCAUCAAAACAGGGGUCACCCUGGACUAUGAGAAAUCAAGAACACAUUUUGUCAUUGUUGUGGCCAAGGAUGGUGGUGGAAAGCUCAGGGGAGACAACAAAGUGUUUUCAGCCACAACAACAGUUACUGUCAAUGUGGAAGAUGUGCAGGACACUCCUCCCAUGUUCAUCGGGACUCCCUACUAUGGAUACGUCUAUGAGGAUACACUCGCAGGCUCUGAGGUCCUUACUGUUAUUGCUCUUGAUGGAGACAGAGGAAAGCCUAACAGUAUUCAUUACUGCAUCGUGAACGGAAGUGAAGGUUCAUUCGAAAUCAGCAACACAACUGGAGCCAUUUCUGUUAUAAAAAGCCCAAAUCAACUCAAGAAAGAAGUGUAUGAACUAAAGGUUCAGGCAUCAGAAGUCAGUCAGGAAGGUGAUGUGUCAGUUUAUGCUUUUGCCAUGGUGACUAUACGAGUGGUCGACCUCAACAACCAUCCACCAACAUUCUAUGGAGAAAAUGGUCCCCAGAACAGAUUUGAACUGACUAUGUACGAGCAUCCCCCAGAGGGUGAAAUCUUGAGGGGAUUGAAGAUUACAGUCAAUGAUUCAGAUCAGGGAGCCAAUGCUAAAUUCAACCUCCGUCUUGUUGGACCUGGUGGCAUCUUCCGAGUGGUUCCCCAAACUGUCCUGAAUGAGGCUCAGGUGACAAUAAUAGUGGAAAAUUCCGCUGCUAUUGACUAUGAAAAUUUCAAGGUGUUAACCUUCAAGCUUCUUGCAAUAGAGGUGAACACACCGGAGAAAUUCAGCUCGACGGCUGACGUAGUGAUACGCUUGCUGGAUACCAAUGACAAUGUCCCGAAGUUCUCCUCCGACUACUACAUUGCCAGGAUCCCCGAGAACUCCCCAGGAGGCUCAAAUGUAGUUGCUGUUACUGCUACAGAUCCAGACUCAGGGCUUUGGGGAGAAGUCAAAUACUCUAUCUAUGGAACAGGAGCAGAUCUGUUCCUAAUCCACCCAUCAACAGGUAUAAUUUACACCCAGCCCUGGGCUGUAUUAGAUGCUGAAGUGAACUCAAAGUAUAAUUUCUAUGUGAAGGCAGAGGACACAGAUGGGAAAUACAGCUUGGCUGAAGUGUUUAUCACUGUGCUAGAUGUCAAUGACCACUCUCCAGAGUUCAAUGAAAACAUCCAGGAAAAGACAAUGAUCGUCGGGUCACCGGUGAAGAUAGAGGCUAUAGAUCAAGAUGCAGAAGAACCCAACAACAUUGUGGAUUAUUCCAUCAUGCAAGCAGAUCCAGCCAAUGUGUUUGAUAUAGACCAAAGCACUGGGGAAAUCAAGCUGAAAUCCUAUAUCCGUUCCCUGGACAUCAUACACAACAUCACAAAGAACAAAGACUGCAUAUGGUCAGUGGUGGUGCAGGCUAAAGACCGCGGCUCCCCAUCCUUCAGUACCACGGCAGUUCUGAAGAUUGAUAUCACAGAGGAGACUCUUCACAAAGGGCCUAUGGCCGCCUUUUUGAUGCAAACUAAAGAUAACCCCAUGAAAGCCUUAGGAGUGCUAGCUGGUGUCAUGGGCAUAAUGGUGCUGAUAACUAUCAUGAUCUCCACUGCCAUGUUCUGGCGCAAUAAGCGGUCCAACAAAAUCAUGCCGGUAAGAAGGAUCAUAAAAAAGAGACAGACCCCGCAGUCCCGCACAGUCAGGAUGGAGUGGCUGAAGUUCAAGAGGCCCAGCAAUGCUGCAGAGAAGUUUGUCGUUGAGGAUGAUGCCAAGAGCCUACACAAUGAGAACAGCAACAACAACAUACAUGUUGCCCCCAUGCCGCCGACUGCCCCCUUGCCCCCACCGCCCCCCACCCUGGCUCCCAGGGGGGACUCCCCAGGGUGCUGGGUGCCAACUGUGUCUGGCUCCCUCACUCCCAAGUUUAUAAACAAGCAGCUGAAGAAGAGAGGUCACAGCAGCACCCACAACGCCCUCGUGUCAGAACUCAAAAUGAAGUUUGAGAAGAGGAACGCAGCUGUCGUAAGAAGGCACUGAAGGCAGAGCACAUCUUUUCACUGGAUCUAUCCCACAGUUGCUCCCUCAUGUUCAUUUCUGAGGAGAUAUUUUUCAGCUGGGCCUGGCUGUUUCCCAUCCCUUGGGGAGAAGGCAGCGUGCACCAGGCUGGCUGGGGAGCAGCACCCUGCACCCUCUGCCUGAGCUCUGGUCAUGCAGGGCAGCUGUGCCGUCAUGGAUCGGCACCAUGAACAUCAAGAGGGGGAGCAAACCCCACAGGACAGGACACUGUUAAUUCAAGGGGGUCAUGAGACUCUUCUCCAGCUGUCAUUUCAGCUGGCCAGCAGACCUGCCCCUUGGGGGCUCCUUUUCCCUCACCCUAUUAGCUGGUCUAAUUUCCUUUGUUUGCAGCAGGACUUCAUCAGUUUAGGGGAUGGCUGGUUGAAUGAGAAGUUACCCACUUAUGGGAAAAAUCUUGUGGUUUUUAACUUCAAGUCACCUAGAAGCCAGAGGGUGACUGUGGCUCAUGUCACCUGCAGGCUCAACUACGAGCCAUAGCCGAGAGGUGCAGCAGGGUCUCGGCUGGGGGCCAUUGCAGUAGCACUGCUCCCAGAGCCUCUCCUGCUGCCGUUCUCAUUUCCUCCACUGUUUUCUUGGUUAUCCCUCCUCCUGGGGCUGUGUGGUGUGGGGCCCAGGCUCUUGUGUUGUGUGCAGUCACCUCAUCCUUGUCCUCUGGCUGCAAACUGGUGGGAGGGAGGGCACGUGCAGUCCCUGGCCCCACACCUGAUGCCCUGCAUGAGCACACACCUUCUGCUGGUUGUGUCUCCACCAGGUUCUGCAAUGUUGCCCGAGGUACCAAAAGUUCGUGAUUUAUUUACUACUGUUUUACCGAUGUUGUGUUGAAGCCAGUAUUCAAUGUUCAUUCUCCAAUGAGGAAAGCCUAUAAAGACCAUUCAAUUAAGUGAGAUUUAACAGGAAUUAUAGGCUUAUAGUCUUAGAGAUUAUAUUUAAAAGGGAAUAAAGAUGUUUUAUUACUAUGUUGUGAGACUGGUUUCCAGUUACUCUGUAUUUCAAAUUCAGGGUGGUUUUUUUUUAUAAAUAAAAAAACCCUGCAAAAGGUG